AUCACAACAGCCGCCAUGAAAAUGUGUCCAUGCUGAUGUGUAUUCUGCAAGCUUUGUUGUCAUCGUGAAGUUGCUCUUUUCAGCAUUUACACUGUGAAUUUAACCAAAACAUUUUCUUCAUAUUGACCACAUACAGGACAUUCGUGUUUGGUGUUUGAUAUAGCUUUUGUGCGUCUGCUUUCGGUAAUUUUCUCGAGAGACAACGGGAGCAAUGAAUACAAAUAAUGGUAUCAAUGGCUUCAGUACAGAAGAUGACAACAGAGGGGGCGGUCAUGAUCAGAUCUGCUGCCUGAUGGAAAGUAACACCCGUUGCUCGAGGCCAGCAGGCAAUGCCAGUUACAGCAAAAGAAUUCAGAAGACUGUGCAACAGAGGAAGCUGAAACUUAAUAUUGAUCACAGUGUCCGACACAUUUACAUUUGUGAUUUCCACAAGAUGAUGAUUCAGAGUGUUCGCACUAAGCGGAAGCGAAAGGAGAGCGAUGGUGACCGAAUCUCCCCUGACCAAGUGUAUGGACUCCCUAGUGUUCAGAUUGACUUUUUCCAAAUGCCUGUGAAUACACUUCGCCGAUAUAAGCGACACUACAAGCUACAGACGAGACCAGGUCUCAACAAGGCACAACUAGCUGAUACUGUUGCCAGACACUUUCGGACCAUACCUGUGGUAGAGAAGGAAGCGCUGACAUAUUUCAUUUACAUGGCCAAAAAUUUCAAGAGCAGAUUUGACCAAAAACACUUGGAGACAUUGAGGACAUAGUUUGGCUCAGUGGAGCAAAUCAAUAAUGUGUGCUGCCCAUAAUGGGAUGCAGUCUCUUGGGGAAUCUAUAUUUCAAAAUUUCUCUUUAUCUUAAGGAGAAAAUAGGGCUUUGGAAGCGCAGGGUGGCCUUGAUUACCUUUGAGAAAAUUGGACAUUGUAUGACUAUAAUGAACUUGGUUGCAUUUGAGGGCAAUCAUGGGGAUGUUCUGAUGGUAGGCCAGUUGCAUUUAAUGCUUAUAGUUGCCAUUGUAAAUGGUAAUCACUGUUCAUCCAGAUAUAUGUGUGUGCCUUUAUUUUUGCAUUUUGUACACAAAAGUAAAUGGCCACAGAUAUUUAGGGGUUGACAGCACUUUGUCAAUACAGCUUUGAAAUGAAUCAAACUUUGUCUACGAUCAUCAGAAUGUUGUUACAUGUAUCUGUAUAUGAGAAAAGAAGAUUCGUAAAUGUGAA